GAGAGGUCCACGCCUCUCCCCCACCGAGUUAUAUAUAUUGGGCUGUCCAACUUUUCCCCGCUGUGUAAAGAGUUCUGGCAUUGAGUUUGGUUGGAGAGGAUCCAGCAGCAACAUGUCACAGUAUUCCGGCAAGAUCAUUUUCUACGAGGGCAAAUGCUUCACCGGCAGGAAGCUGGAGGUGUUCGGAGACUGCGAUAACUUCCAGGACCGGGGCUUCAUGAACAGGGUGAACUCCAUCCGUGUGGAGACAAGCGCAUGGAUCUGCUACGACCACCCCGAUUUCAAAGGCCAUCAGUACAUUCUGGAGCGCGGCGAGUACCCCGACUUUCACCGGUGGAACGCCCACAAUGACCACAUGGGCUCAUGUCGGCCCGUCAGAAUGCACGGAGAACAUUACAGGAUAGAGCUGUUUGAAAACUGCGACUUUAAUGGCCAGUGCAUGGAGUUCUGCAAUGACUGUCCAUUCCUCCAGGGACAAGGCUGGAACAAGACUUGUAUCAACUCCAUCAAGGUGUACGGUGACGGAGCCUGGGUGUUAUAUGAAGAGCCCAACUACCGAGGGAGGAUGUACAUCGUGGAACGGGGGUACUACCAUUCCCACACUGUGUGGCAAGCACAGAAUGGCAACUUCCAGUCCAUGCGGAGAGUGGUCAAUUACUUUUAGCGAGGCACCUUCUUUCUUCCAUCAGCAGCAAGCCUGGACCACCUGUAUGGAAGGCUGAAAAAUAAAAUACUUCUUGAAAAU